GUCCCCUAGAACCAAUACUGAAGCUGCGUUCUCUUUGGGCGUUUACGCGCUGUCAUUCUAUCUUCCUUUGGCAUAUAAUAAACAAUAAAGAUAGAAUGACAGCGCGUGAGCGCCCAAAGAGAACGCAGCCUGAGUGAGUGAGUGAGAAGAUAGAGGUUAUAUAUAUUUUUUUUAUCAAAUUUAAUAUAUAGCACUUUCAUUAUGGUGCAAAACUGCUGCGUGCCAGGCUGUAAAAAUGUUUGGAGGCCGAACAGCUGUAUAGCAUAUCACACAUUUCCUUUAAAAAACAAGGCAAGAUUCGUACAGUGGAUGCAAGUGGAUGAAUUGAAAGACAUAAAUGUGAAUCCUGGGAAACGUAUCUGCAGUGCACACUUUACACCAGAUUCCUUUGAGGAAUUCUGCUCAGUGAAGAGGUUAAAAAGGAAUGCAGUUCCUUCUCUUUUCGGCGAGGCAGUUCGGAUAAUAGAUGACAGUUCAACGGAAAUAAUAGAAAUAUGGGAGGAAAUUUGUACAGACAGUAUAUCCGAAGACACAGUAACUGUACUGAAUGAGGUAACUAAAAUAGAACAAAAAACAAGACAAGAAGUAGAAACAAGACAAAAAAUAGACCAAGAAAUGAGACAAGAAAUAGACCAAGAAAUAAAACAAAAAACUCCCUUAUCAAGUACAGAAGAAUAUGAUUUUUCAGUAAGUAUUAUAACUGAAGUAGAACAAAACGUAGAACAAGAAACGGGACAAGAAAUAGACCAAGAAACAGAACGAGAAACACUCCUAUCAAGUGUAGAACAUGAUCUUCCAAUUGCGAAUACAGUAGAAACCAAAGAUGCUUCUGUUCAAACAUUAUCUGUGUAUUACGAGUUCCGUGAAGAGAUGUGGAACUUGCGAAAAAAAAUAGCAAUGUUACGGUGGCAGAUAAAACAGAGGGACUUAAAUAUUUCCAACACGCAGAAGUUGAUCAAUCGUUUGAUAAAUAUUAGAGACUCCAAGAGAAAUACAGAUCCUCCAGCUGGAGAAUAAACAUAUCGAUUAAUCGCAGUUGUAAUUGAGUGAAAAAAAGACAUCGUUGAUAUGUUGAGUAGCAUGUCAUGCGAAAAGAACGAGUAACAAGACGCGCAGUAACUCUCAUUGUAGUUGCAGUCAUUAAAAAUCUUUUAUUUGUUUCAAAUAA